GAAGCCCGGCUCGUCCGCAAACUCGAUGGUCAUAUCAUUCCGGUGGUGAUGCUCCUUUAUUUAUUCUCAUUUCUUGACAGGGUGAACAUUGGAAACGCGAGACUUUACGGCCUCGAGGAGGACCUCCGACUCUCACCCACUCAAUUCCAAACCGCCGUAUCCAUCCUCUUCGUAACAUAUCUCCUCUCUGAACUCCCUUCAAAUUGGAUCAUCAAGCACUAUGUUUCGCCCUCACGCUGGCUGGCUUUCAUUACGACCUCCUGGGGCAUCAUAGCGACAUUGACGGGUGUCACCCAGACUUAUGGUGGUCUCAUCGCAUGUCGACUUCUCCUCGGUCUGGUCGAAGGCGGCUUGUUUCCUGGCUGCGCCAUUUAUUUGACGUUCUUUUACACGAAACGUGAGCUGGCGCUCCGCAUUGGCUACCUCUUCGUUUCGGCAGCACUCGCGGGAGCUGUGGGAGGACUUUUGGCAUACGGGAUUGGAUACAUGGAUGGGAUCGCGGGCCUGCGUGGAUGGCGAUGGAUUCUGAUCAUCGAGGGUCUACCGAGUUUCAUCCUCGGCAUCUCCUGCUUGUGGGUCCUCGCCGACGAUCCCGAGACAGCAUACUACCUCAACGACUCGGAACGAAAACUCGUUCUCGCGCGCCGCGCCACGCAGACCGGCCAGACCGACCGUUUCGAGUGGUGCGACGCGCGCGCCGGGCUGAAGGAUUGGACGAUCUGGGCGUUCGCCAUUGCGCAAUUCUGUCUUGACACAAUGCUCUACGGCUUCUCGACCUUCCUACCGACCAUCAUCAAGGCCAUCCGCCCUGGUUCCAGCGGGGCGAUCGUGCAGGUCCUGACUAUCCCGUGUUAUGCCCUCGGCGCUAUCAGUUACAUGGCCGCGGCGCGCUUCAGUGAUGUGCGACAAUCGCGGGCACCGGUCAUUUGCGCAUUCGGGUGCAUUUCUAUCGUCGGCUACGGCUUGCUCAUAUCGAAUGGAUCGACGGGAGCACACUACGCAGGCUGCUUUCUCGUGGCGAUGGGAUUAUACGUUUCUGUUGGGAUUCCCUUAGCUUGGCUUCCAAGCAACAACCCCCGCUAUGGAAAGAGGACGACGGCCACUGGUUUGCAGUUAACGAUUGGAAAUGCUGCCGGUGUCAUGGCACCUUUCCUCUAUCCCAGUGGCGAUAGCCCUCGCUACAUUACCGGCCACGCAGUGACCAUGUCGCUGGUCGGAGCGGGCAUUAUCAUCUACGCAAUCAUGUAUUUCUACUACAAGCAGGAGAAUCGGAAACGCGCGAGAGGCGAUCGGGAUCAGACCAUCAAGGGCUUGACGGAAGAUGCAUGUCUGGCUCUUGGUGAACGCAAUCCGAGAUUCAUAUUCGCAGCGUAGAAUGGCGCGAAUGAUGAAUUCCGGACACAACGCCUUUCCCACGGCAAAUAAAAUUCAUAUCACUGACACGUUCGCCUCCGACGUUUGAAUCAUUAAAUUUGCUGUCAAUACAGAUUUACUCAUGCAUGCAUGCUAGCUAUACCCAAGGGCACUACGACUCGACCAAGCGAAC